AUAGGUUGUUCUAGUUGAAUCCCCAGCAUACUAUAGUGAUUUGCACGAAAUUCCAGCCACAAUAUGGCUGCUAAGAGCACACGCGCGACGUUCAAGCUUCCUAGCGGCUCUGCAAGCCCGACUUGUUUUUUGCCGCUGGAUGCUGUUUAAAACUGCUGGUCCCUAUACUGCUCUUCUGUAUCUUUUCACCCCAGGCAUUCCCAUCUGCGAUCGACGCCUCAUUACUACGUGUAUAGUCGGACAACAUGUCUCCCGGAUCUCGUCCCUCAUCCCCUCCGGCGGGCCAAGGUAUCGGAGAAACAACCACUCCAGCCAAUGCCGGUUCGUCACCGCCCAAGGCCUUGUCGAAUCAUUCCGAAGCAUCAACUACAGGCCAAGAGAACACAGAUGCAAUCAAUCUGCAGUCCAGUAAUAGUAGCAGCGAUGCCCAGGAGCCAAAGCUGCAACAGAUUGUGGAAAUCAACUCUGCUACAACAGCCACAGAUGACCCUCUUAAUCUUGGGCGUCAUCGACACACUAAUGUUACUCAAAGCCAAAUGAAGGCUGAUCAUCCUUUGGCAAAGCCUCGCCACAUGAAGAAGUUCUAUAACCGACAAAAUGCUAUGAUAGAUCAAUUUCUUCAAAGUGGUGACGAGGAGCGGCUAGCAGCCCUUGACACUCUUGAAAAUGGCCCAAAAGUAAAGUUUGCUGUGAACGCAUCCUUUGUUGUAAACUUUUGUCUAUUUGUUAUCCAAUUGUAUGCGGCCAUAUCCACAGGUUCCCUGUCACUGUUCGCUACUGCAGCGGAUGCGUUCAUGGAUCUGGUGUCAUCGGUAGUCAUGCUUGUGACAAGCCGUAUGGCCUCAAGGCCGAGCGUCUACAAGUACCCUGUUGGCAGGACGCGUAUUGAAACGAUUGGCAUCAUCAUGUUCUGCUGCUUGAUGACUACUGUGGCCAUACAGUUGAUUAUCGAAUCAGGCCGAGCACUUGGCGGCGGACCUGAUGAGUCCGAAGAGCUUCAUAUUGUUCCGAUCAUAUUCGUGUCUAUUGCAAUCUUCUGCAAAGCAACCCUUUGCAUCUACUGUUUCCUCCUCCGCCGUUACCCAGCUGUUCAUGUGUUCUUUAUCGACCACCGCAAUGACAUCGCUGUCAACUCGUUUGGUCUGAUGAUGUCUGUCAUUGGCUCGCGUAUCGUUUGGUACGUCGAUCCUAUUGGAGCCAUUCUAAUCGGUCUCUUGAUCUUGGUUUCAUGGGCUGCAAAUGCAUUCGAACAUGUUUGGCUGCUUGUUGGCAAGGGAGCACCUAAGGAGUUUAUAUCUAAGCUCAUCUAUCUAACUGUGACACACGAUACCCGCAUUCGGAAAGUCGAUACUUGCCGAGCAUAUCAUGCUGGUCAGAAUUAUUAUGUCGAAGUUGAUAUUGUCAUGGAUGAAGACGCUCCUUUAAAAAUCACCCAUGACGUUAGCCAGACAUUACAACGUAAACUUGAAGGUCUUGCAGACGUCGAGAGAGCUUAUGUACAUGUGGACUAUGAGAAUGACCACGACCCCCAUGAGGAGCACAAACCAAUGUACCAGAUCUCGGAGGAUCGUACAUUCAAAGAAAGGCUGAAGGGGCUUCUUCCUCGCUCUAGAAAGACUGAAGAGCAGACAUGAGAAUUCGCAGGUCUCGGGUACUUGUCAUCCAAUUCCUAACCAUAAUGUGUGAUUUUUGUGGGAGUGGCGGUGCGCAUGCCAUUGGAUAUCUCUAUUACUAUUGUUUAUUUUUAUUAGAUCGCUAUCAUUCCCAUCUUUGGGAUGAAUCAUAAAGAAGAUACCUUAAAGGUGCGACUC